GAGCAGCUCUCCUGCUGCUCAGCGCCUUCGGAGCGUUUUUACGCAGCGGUGAUGUGCAGCUCGGGCCCGGCGCUGAUUGGUGGCUCGGUGGGGCACUCCUCAGCAAGAUGGCUGCAUUGCUGCGCGCAAUAGUGGCAUCCUGGUGAAAUGACGCAAGCCACAGUUUACGUUCAGUCCUCGCGGCUCAGAGCCUGAGCUCUCCAGUCUCCAUAGCGCAGAUCCCGCCCGACACAGCCGGAAGACCGCCCGGCUCUCCUCCUCCACCGGACCGAGUGGAACCGGUUCAUUUGAGUGAGAGUGCGAUGAGGAGAAGUUUCAGAGUGUGAGGCCAUGGGCUGCACCUCGGCCAAGCAGGUGUCGGCCGUGCCCAGCGAUGAGGAGGGACGCGGCAAGGCCUACAGCAACGGCGACGUCUUCACCGACGAAUACAAGAAGGGAGUGGAGGAGGUGAAGUACAUGAGAGGGGAUGAAAACCGAGUGAAUGCACGCAACCAGGAGAACCUGGAGAAGAGUAAUGUCCAGCACAAGGGCAAACAGCAGAAAGAGGUUCCUGCACCAAACAUCAAAUCCAACAUUCACACGUCAGAAAGCCAGCAGGAAUUUUUCAGGAUGCUGGAUGAGAAGAUUGAGAAGGGGCGAGACUACUGUUCGGAGGAGGAGGAGGAAGAUGGGACAUAGCACAGAGGCCCCCAGGAGUCACCCCCACAGAGAGCCUCACCGUGUGUGUGCGUGUGUGUGUGUGCGUGUGCCUGAGAGAGCGCUAAAUCAGUGUUUAACCAAUGGGGUGUUGACAGGACACUUUAUGUUGGUAUGAUUUUGUGAGUUGUUGAACAUGUGGCAAAGAUAAUACUUUAAAUACAAGUGAAAGAGUGGGGGAUGCUUGAGACAGAGACAGAGAGAGAGAAUGGCAUAAAGAAAACUUUCUUCAGAGACUACAGCCCUCCUUACUUAGCGCCUCACCCCUUCAGGCCCCGGGUGGACAGAUGGAGGUGGCGAGUGAUGAAGGGACAGGCAGAUGAAAGGAGGGAGGGAUGGAGGAUGACGCGGUGACGGAUGUGCACACAUCGCGUGAACUCGAUGAAGGACUCGCCUCUGUCGGGUCGGGCACGGCCAUUUCCUCGAGCUGGAUAAAGGCGGCUUUGCAGGCCUCCAUCUGUCCUCCUGUCUGUCUGUCUGUCUAUAUUUAACCCCUGCAAUUGGACAAAAGAACUUCCCAAAUACGGAGGCCCAGGAAGGAGGAACAUCUUGGUGUGUCAAGAUGCACGAGUGGAGAAGAGAGAGCGCAGGGAAGGAGUUAUCUAACACUACCAGGAUCCACACUGAACUCUUUGGCCUGCCUGGCUACAGUCAGGCCGGCCUGGGCCGCGGCAGCCUGAGAGAACGGGUGAGGGAGGAAGAGGGAAGGCGGAGAAAGGGGGGAAUAUUUUGGGGAUAUUUUAAUAAGAGAGAAUAUGGAGCGAGCUGGUGAUUUGAAACUCAACUCCUCCUGCCUUGAAGUCAAGGACCCUGUUUUUGUUUUUAAUUUUUUUUUUUUUAUUCUGUUCCAGCCAAUCAUUCACUCAAGCCCUUCCCUUCCAUGAUGUUCUUUUCUUCAGUUUGUUUUACUCUUGGCUUCCAUCGUAGUGUAUCCUCAUCAAAGCCAUUAUCGCCCUCACCGCCACAGCAAUCAGAGUGAAGCUGCAUAAUUCACCGCACCUGUGUCUCAACCCAAUCCGUCCUCCACCUUUUACCAGAACCUGGCAGAGCCGCGCUAACGUGCACGUGCAGUCUAUUCUUGUAUAUAUGGUAGCACACACUCAUUCCAGCACACCUCUGCGUAUCGAUAUGAGUCACUCAAACACAUUAAUGUGUCCUCCUCAUUUCACCAGCAGACUGUCAUGUGCAUCA